GAUUACGGAAAAUCAUCCGGAACGUUCGGACAGGUCUCGUCACAGCACUGGCCUGGUACUGCGGAUAUGCGUGCACUGUAUAUCGGACACGAGCGAGUGUCGCACGGAGAGAAUGACAUUUAAAAUUCGUGACUGAGGGGGAGAGAGAGAGAAAGAGAGAGAGCGGCCGAGAGCGAAGCGAGGAGGAAACGACGGCGUUGACAGCGUCACUGUGACGUCGUCACGUGGAGCGUGUAUCGAGGAUACGAGCGAUAUCGGGGGCUCCGGACGGACAAUACAUCCCCUGAGCGAUCAUGGACCUCGACAACGAUCUGGACCAACACUUGCUGCACCAGUUCAGCUGUCUCGGCACCACGGACAAGGACGACCUGGUCAAGCAGCUGCAGAAGCUGCUGGCGGACAGCCACCUCAACGAGACCACCGCCGCCUUCUUCCUGGACAUGAACAAUUGGAAUCUGCAAGCAGCGAUUUGCAGCUACAUCGAUUUUGCAAACCCCUUCAACACUCCUUGUAUGACAUUGAUAUGCGACAGCACAAUUGGUGAGGGAGAGGCUGUGCCACCUAGUACAAAUUUCCAGAAGUCAUGGCGUGUACAAAACAGCGGCACAGAAAUUUGGCCGAGUGGAAUACAUCUGCAGCAUUCUAGCGGAGUAUUGAUGGGUUGUGCCAGGAUACCAGUUCCACCAUUGGCUCCCAAAGAGACUACAGAGUUAAGCGUAACAUUGAAGAGUCCAGCCGAAACUGGCGUCCAUCAAAGUAAAUGGAGAAUGAUGACAUCUAAUGGUGUCUAUUUUGGUGAUGUUAUUUGGGUGAUUAUAACAGUGAACGAGUGUGGCACAUUGGCAGUCACUCAACAACUGCACCAGUUAAGUACACAGUCCAACGAUGUACAAAUGUGCUAGCUCCUUUGACGUACAAAAAAACCUCUUCUGAAAAAGAUUUAUGAAAUAUUGCGUGAGAUAUCUCUCAGAUCAUUGUAAGUUCGCGAUAAUUUAUCGUUUUUAAAUUUUAUAUAGAGAGGUCUUUUUUUUCACAACGGAGCUUUGUUUAUUGCUCCAGCACCUCGUAAAAAAAAAGAAAAAAAAUUACUGUAUAUUCGAAAUAACUAAACAAUAAUAAAGAAUGCAAUGAAAUUGGCCAUUCCUCUACACUGAUUAUAAUAUUAAUGAGAUGCAAAGCUAGUUGAAAGAUACAACUCGCAAAAUGUAUUUUUGGUAAAAGUUUUGUUGGAUCUCAUUUCGUUAGAAAUAAUUCCUAUAAAGCUAAUUUACAUAAAGACAUAUAAACAAUUUAUACACAUAUAUUGUACGGGAAUUACAUUUUGUUAUACUUAGCAGCUGCUUAUAUAUAAGGCCUUUUAUGAUGUUUGCGGAUCGUAUCGCGCGUGAUUGAGUAAAAUUGGAUUUGUAUAAUAAAAAUUGAAAAGUGUGUAGAGUGCGACAAUUUUGGAGUAAAGGAAUGAACAUAAGAGAAUGAAUUUGCAAGAACCACGCGCGAUGAAUUUUGGAGAUAUAUUGAUAUAUUAUUAAGAAUAUAAUUUUUAUUAGAAACUAAUGUCUAUAGAGAGAGUUAUACAUAUAUGGCUAGGGA